AUGAGUUUGGAUACAAUAAGGAAUGCAUUUGAAAGGAAUAUAGCUGGUACGACUACCCUGGACGAAGAGCUUGAAAGAGCAGGAAAUUCAUAUGUCCAUGAUUCUUCUCAUUGCUCUGUGUUCACAGAUACCACCAGUGAUGACAUAGAUCAUGUGGCAACUUCGGUUAGCUGUAGAACGGGUGUUGCAUAUGGAGCGGCUAUAGCUUCGGGACUUGUAAUCGGAUAUCAAAUUGGGGUCAUUGCGGCGGUAUUUAUAUCAUUGAAGGCUGAACAUCUAGGGCUUCAGGUAUUGUCGGAUUUUACUAGGGAAGUUGUAACGAGUGUGACAUGCAUCGGAUGCGUCGUUGGGUCUGUAUGCUGGUAUUUUUUAACGGAUAGAUACGGACGGAAGCCAAUUUUGUUAAGUUCUGGGUUUGUUAUUGUAUUUUCUUCGGUUAUAAUGGCAUUGUCGAAUAGUUUAGAGGUCUUGGUAUGUGGGAGGCUCAUCUCGGGUGUCGCUGUAGGGGUUGCCGCGCAAUGCACGCCCGCUUACUGGGGCGAGAUUUCACCUGCCUCGUUAAGAGGUAGCAUUAUGGCUUCACAGACGGUAGCAUUAGCAGGCGCUCAGGUAAUUGCUUACUUGAUUUCGGUUUAUUUUAUGUCUAAGGACGUGGCUUGGAGAUAUCUUUUUGGGAUAGGUGUUGUGCCUGCAAUGAUAUUGUUACUAUUUCUAGCCUUUAUUCCAGAAUCGCCUAAAUGGUUAGUUAUGAAGGCAAGGAUUAAUGAUGCAGAGGUGACAAUUAGGAAGCUAUAUCCGCAUGCAUCGACUCAUCAGGUACAAGUGAAGGUAAAAAAGCUAGUACAUGGUUUAGCAAAACUAAGAAGUUCCGAAGACGAGACAGAGCCUCUAAUAGAAAGAAGGGGGAGUAGGAGGAGUUGCAUUCCGAAACAAUACAGUGGUGCAUCCGUGAAUUAUCCUACAGAUGCUAAUACAAUGAAUACAAGACCGUUUUCUGAAGAGUCUUCCCAUGGACGCAAGAGGCAACACGACAUGGAAGCGCGCACAAAAAGGGCAUUGACUAUGGCUUGCAUUUUAAUGUUCCUUCAACAGAUCUUAGGGAUCAAUGCAUUCAUGUGUUAUUCCCCUGUAAUAUUUGCAAAAAUGGGUGCGAAAUCACCGUGGAUACCUUCAUUAUUUGUCGCAAUAACCAAAUUUACCUUCGCUUGCAUUUCAAUAAAAUAUACCGAUAAAGUUGGCAAACGGAUGAUGCUUUUAUGCACAACAGCGAUCACGACUAUAAGCCUGGUAAUGUGUCAUAUUGGGAUUGAAAACGGGACUUUUGGUUUAAUUGUCACCGCUAUGCUUAUUUGCAUUGCUUCUUAUGCAUCUGCAAUGGAGACAAUACCAUGGAGCAGCGUGGAAUUUUUGCCUUUGAACAGAAGAUCCUUUGGCAGCGUUUGCAUUUCUUGCACUAAUUGGUUAACAAACAGCAUAGUUUGUAUCAGUUUCUUGACUGUAACAAAUUAUAUCGGUUGUGCUAAAAGUGCGCUAAUUUUUGCAUUUUUUAGUAUUCUUAACUGGAUAUUUGUCUACAACAGGUACCCAGAGAUCAAAGGACUAACGUUGGAAGAGAUAGGAACAAUCUUUGAAGAUGGUAUUGAUGUGAACUAUAUUUACAGAAACUACCAUUAA